UGGCUCAAGCUGAAGACAAUUGUACGUCGUGAGGUGAGGGAUCGUAACAGCAAGGACGUCAGGAAGCUUCAACGAAGUUUACACCACCUUGCAGCUCAAAAUACACUCCUCCACGGCGAACUCAAAGGCCUCAGGCAGUCCCUAGCCAUCAAGAAGAGGCGGGAAACCAAAUCCUAUACCCUACAGCUUGAGGAUCAUCCUGAGUAUCAUGGUGGAGCUGUUUGGUGGUCACCAACAAGCGUCAAACGAGUUCAGGAUAACAAGAUACAACAACAACAACAAGCCGAGCUUGAAAAGCUUCAAAAAGCCGAGCAAGCCGAGAUCAAGAAGGCAGCUCGCGAUUGCCAGCUUCAACUUCAAAAAGCAGCCCGUGUUGAGCGGGAGAAGGGUUGGGAGGAGACCAGAAAGCGGAAGGCUGCAGAGAAAGCCAAAAGAGAGCAUCGUAGAAGCCUCCGCGACGCUGCCAAAGCUAUACAAUUGCCCCAAUCGGGUAAGCGCAAAGCGUCAAAACCUCAUAAGCCAGCUACAAAGCGUCAAAAGUGUGGUGGUGUUGCUCUAGCUGUGGUGGGAGCCGCAAGGGUUGCACGAGCUGCUCCACCGCGUAGUCGACGGCAACGACCGAUAACGCCCUCUAAAAAAAUUUCUAAAUAA